UUAACAAGCACAAGCCAUGGCUCGAGCCCACCUACCAUGGUAUCAUUACAGAGAACGAUAACACGGUGCUCCUCGAUCCGCCUCUGAUUGCCCUGGAUAAAGAUGCACCUCUGCGUUUUGCAGAGAGUUUUGAGGUGACAGUCACCAAAGAAGGUGAGAUUUGUGGAUUUAAAAUCCAUGGGCAGAAUGUCCCCUUUGACGCAGUGGUAGUGGAUAAAUCCACUGGUGAGGGAAUAAUUCGCUCAAAAGAAAAACUGGACUGUGAGCUGCAGAAAGACUACACGUUCACCAUCCAGGCCUAUGAUUGCGGGAAGGGACCCGAUGGCACCAACGUGAAAAAGUCUCAUAAAGCAACUGUCCACAUCCAGGUGAACGAUGUGAACGAGUAUGCACCUGUGUUCAAGGAGAAGUCCUACAAGGCGACGGUCGUGGAAGGGAAGCAGUACGACAGCAUCCUGAGAGUGGAGGCCGUGGACGCAGACUGCUCCCCUCAGUUCAGCCAGAUCUGCAGCUAUGAGAUCGUCACUCCAGACGUGCCGUUUACUGUUGACAAAGAUGGUUAUAUAAAAAACACAGAGAAGUUAAACUACGGGAAAGAACAUCAGUAUAAGCUGAGUGUCACUGCCUAUGACUGUGGAAAGAAAAGAGCCACAGAAGAUGUUUUGGUGAAGAUCAGCAUCAAGCCCACUUGCACCCCUGGGUGGCAAGGAUGGAACAACAGGAUUGAGUAUGAACCUGGCACGGGUGCUUUGGCCGUCUUCCCAAAUAUCCACCUGGAGACGUGUGAUGAACCAGUUGCCUCAGUGCAGGCCACAGUGGAGCUGGAGACCAGCCACAUCGGGAAAGGCUGUGACCGAGAUACCUACUCUGAGAAGUCCCUGCACCGGCUCUGCGGUGCGGCGACCGGCACUGCCGAGCUGCUUCCCUCCCCAAGUAGCUCCUUGAACUGGACCAUCGGCCUCCCCACUGACAAUGGCCACGACAGUGACCAGGUCUUUGAGUUCAAUGGCACUCAAGCAGUGAGGAUCCCAGACGGCAUUGUUUCAGUCAACCCCAAAGAGCCUUUCACGAUUUCUGUGUGGAUGAGGCACGGUCCUUUUGGCAGGAAGAAAGAGACAAUUCUUUGCAGUUCAGACAAAACAGAUAUGAAUCGGCACCACUAUUCACUCUACGUCCACGGGUGCCGGCUGGUUUUCCUCCUCCGGCAGGACCCUUCUGAGGAGAAGAAAUACAAACCUGCAGAAUUCCACUGGAAGUUGAAUCAGGUCUGUGAUGAGGAAUGGCACCACUACGUCCUCAAUGUGGAAUUCCCAAGUGUGACGCUCUAUGUGGACGGUGCUUCCCAGGAGCCCUUCUCUGUGACUGAAGAUUACCCUCUCCAUCCGUCCAAGAUCGACACGCAGCUCGUGGUUGGGGCUUGCUGGCAAGAGUAUUCAGGAGUUGAAAAUGACAAUGAAACUGAGCCUGUGACUAUGGCCUCUGCAGGUGGUGACCUGCACAUGGCUCAGUUCUUCCGAGGCAAUCUGGCUGGCCUGACUAUCCGUUCCGGGAAACUUGCUGAUAAGAAGGUGAUCGACUGCCUGUACACCUGCAAAGAGGGACUAGACCUUCAAGUGCCCGAGGACGGCGGCAGAGGCGUGCAGAUCCAAGCAAACCCCAGCCAGUCGGUGCUGACCUUGGAGGGAGAAGAUGUCAGGGAGCUGGAUAAGGCCAUGCAGCACGUCUCCUACCUGAACUCGCGGCAGUUCCCCACACCUGGAAUCCGAAGGCUCAAAAUCACCAGCACAGUCAAGUGCUUUAAUGAGGCUGCCUGCAUCUCAGUCCCCCCAGUGGAUGGCUACGUGAUGGUUUUGCAGCCUGAAGAGCCCAAGAUCAGCCUGAGUGGUAUCCACCACUUUGCUCGAGCGGCUUCUGAAUUUGAAAGCUCAGAAGGUGUUUUCCUUUUCCCUGAGCUGCGAAUCAUCAGCACCAUUACAAGAGAAGUGGAGCCAGAAGGGGACGGGUCUGAGGACCCCACAGUUCAAGAAUCACUGGUAUCUGAGGAGAUUGUGCAUGACCUGGACACCUGUGAGGUCUCGGUGGAGGGAGAGGAGCUGAACCCGGAGCAGGAGAGCCUGGAGGUGGACGGGGCCCGCCUGCAGCAGAAAGGCCUGGAAAUGAGCAGCUCUGACCUGGGCGUGGUCUUCACAGGCGUGGAUACCAUGGCCAGCUAUGAGGAGGUUUUGCACCUCCUGCGCUAUCGGAACUGGCAUACCAGGUCCUUGCUUGACCGGAAGUUCAAGCUCGUCUGCUCAGAGCUCAAUGGCCGCUAUAUCAGCAAUGAAUUUAAGGUAGAGGUGAACGUCAUCCACACAGCCAACCCUGUGGAACACGCCAACCACAUGGCCGCCCAGCCGCAGUUCGUUCACCCUGAACAUCGCUCCUUCGUCGACCUGUCCGGCCACAACCUGGCCAAUCCUCACCCUUUUGCAGUUGUCCCCAGCACCGCGACUGUCGUGAUUGUAGUUUGUGUCAGCUUCCUGGUCUUCAUGAUUAUCCUGGGGGUGUUUCGGAUCCGGGCCGCGCAUCAGCGAACCAUGCGGGACCAGGACACAGGGAAGGAGAACGAGAUGGACUGGGACGACUCCGCCCUGACUAUCACCGUCAACCCCAUGGAGACAUACGAGGACCAGCACAGCAGCGAGGAGGAGGAGGAAGAGGAGGAGGAGGAGGAGAGCGAGGAUGGGGAGGAGGAGGAUGACAUCACCAGUGCGGAGUCGGAGAGCAGCGAGGAGGAGGAAGGGGAGCGGGGAGACCCCCAGAACGUGAACAGGCAGCAGCAGCUGGAGUGGGACGACUCCACCCUCAGCUACUGACACGGCCUGCCCGCCAGCCCGGUGCCGCCUUUCUCUGCUUCAGCAGACUCUGCCGCUGUCCCUGUCCCAGCCCUAAGGGUCCACGGUGUACAAAGUCAUUUGGCCAGUAGGUCUGCAGGCCCCUCCCAUUGCUGCGUCCGUGCUCGGUGUGUAGAACCUAGGUUCCCGCCCUCCGCCGCCCUCCGCCUGGACUGCUCUUGUACAUUCUGCGAGGAGCUGGCACUUCCUCUCAGCCGGAGCCCGGCUCCUGCAGGGUCCCCCCCUGUGUCCAGCCGGGGUCCCCCUCGGCCCCGGCGGGACAUGGGCCCCUCGCACCUCCAGGAAAGCCGCCACGACUGGACUUGCUGACGAAGGGUAAACUUGCGCAUCCCCACCCGCUAAUCAUUUUUUUCUUUUUUUUUAAAAAAAGUUUUUAUUUUUUCCAAACUAGUGCAUGUAUAAAAUGGCAGAAUGGGGUUACUAUGUAGAUGAUUAACUGACUUUUUAAUAUUUUGUAAAUAAAUCGGGAUUCUUUGUGUCCUUUGUGCUAGUGUAAUCCAGGACUGGGCUGUACAGUGAAGUGCAGGAAGCUGAGCACAGGAGAGACCCUGUGGGCUCCUGCCUCUCCCACCGUGUCCCCGCCCCCCUUCCCAAAGAAGGCACGACAGGGCCUGCCCCACUCAGGCCUUCUCUGAGGUCCCCGAGUGCAGCCCGCGUGUCAGGGGCCACAGGCUUUGGUGUGCUGCCCAGGGGGCCGAAUCUGGAGUCCCCCUGGAGGCUGGACACAGCCAGGUCUGUUCUUUGAGACUCCACCUGUUUCUACUUGGCACUGGCGGCGGGGCUGCAGGGCUCCCGGCCUCUGUCACACGCCGCUCCGGUCCCCGCAGCGGCCGCAGCAGCCUGUGCCUGUGUAGGAGCCUGAACUCACGGCCCACAGCCCGUGGUUUCUCCUGCUAACGCCCUGCUGGUGAAAGCGUGUAGAGUGCAAACUGACGGCUGCCCUCGCUCCUUUGGCCACUCGGUUUGCAGACAGCAACAGGCCUGAGGAACCCGUACUCACGACAUCCGAAAGGACCCUGUGGCCCAAAGGCAGAAGUGCUAGAAUUUUCCAAAAGUCUUCCUCCACAGAGCCCCUGUAGGGUGCCCCCUGCCUUCUGUAGGCUAAAAUCCACACCCCGCAGCCAGGAGCCCCACCGCUGUGCCUGGGGUGGGGGGAAGGGAGUGGAGUGCCGAGGUCCAGACCCACACCGCGCAGCUCAUUUCUGUGUACAAUCUGACUCCUAGAACUGGGGGGACGUCGUUUUGAAUGCUGUUCUGUGACCCUCACUGCUAGUUUGGAGGACGCUGACGGCUGUGCUGUGUAGUGUCGCCACCCAUGUCCCGUCCUGUAGCUGCUCCAUUAGACGGUGAUAGACGCUGACGAGAGGGGACGUCCUCCCGCCAACCGCAGCCACCAUGCACCCUUCAGACGUGUGUACCGAUGAUAGGCCCGAAAGUGUGUAUGCUACAAUAAAGUUCUGGUUCUAACUCCAGCCCAA